AUGGUCGUAACAUCACCGUUAACGAAGCACGGCUUCGGCGGCGGUGGUUUCCGCGGUGGACGUCGUGAGGGAGGCGGUGGAUACGGAGGUGGAGGAUAUGGAGGUGGAAGACGCGAGGGCGGCGGUGGUGGUUACGGCGGCGGCGGCGGCGGCGGCGGUGGUUACGGUGGUGGCCGUGGCCGUGACCGUGGAUAUGGCGGUGGUGGUGACCGUGGAUACGGUGGUGAUGGCGGAUCACGCUACUCAAGGGGUGGUGGUGACUCUGAUGGAAACUGGAGGAAUUAG